AGGAGGAUCGGACCACUGUCCGUCGCUCUUGCAGACGACAACCGGGUAUCCCGUUCUGUGGUAACCUGGCUCGCACUCGAAGCGGACGACUGUGCCGUAGCUCUUGCCUCCUCCGUUGAGGAUGGUCUGCACCGUGUGGGGAGCCUCCGGAAGAGGUGGACAGGAGGACGCCAGGCACGUGGGCAGGUUGACCCACUGGCCCUCCUCGUUACAGCGGAUACUCUGGGUGGGAUACCCGCCCGUGAACGCGAAGCCAGCGUAGCACUGGGCACGUGUAGGUAACCUUGGCACCGAAGGUGGUCUCCCUGCUGGAAGCGAGCGCUCCGUCUCCAACACUCAGCAAGGGACAGUCUGAAAAGGGACUGUGGUGGGGACUAUGUCUCGUUUCGGGGCCAAGACGUACGGCAGCCGCAAGCAGCCUGAGUGCGGCAUCAGCCCUCAACUGGACCAGAUCUUGCUGGACAGGGGCGACAGCAGGGCCACUACAGCAAAGAUGUCCGUUGCAGCUGUCCAUCGCUGGGGUAUCACUUCCUUCACGUCCCUACGCAAAGCUCAAGUCAACGGCCAGUCCGACUGCGGCACGGCAUAUUCCACGUCGGAGCCCGCUUCGGAGGAAGCGGACCCCUUCUCCUUCGAGCCCGAGAGUGCUUCCUCAUCCGUCGACAACCAUUCUACUUCCGCGAACUGCUCCGCCGCACCGAAACCAAAGAAAUUCUUCAAGAGCCGGAACACCACUCCGGGAUCCCUGGCGUCCUACACGUCCGCGCACGCCGUCGCGCAGUUCGACAGGUUGAAAGCGUCGUCUUCCGCCUGCGUGAGCGUGGUGGCCAGGGACGCAGCGACGACUCCCAUCCCCGAGGACCGGGUGGACUUCCGAUGCGUCAAGCUGGAGAAGGCCCUCUCGAAGGACCCCAGCGGACACGUGGCAGACGCCCUGGCCCUGGCCACGUCUCCCAUAGGUUCUCCGGAGGUUCCCGCCGCCGUUCACGUCCCUGCCGCGUCGAGUCUCGCGGAAGAACCUGUGGCGCCCAGAAGCCCCGUCGUGCGGACGUACUCGCGGAAGAGGAAUCUGGAGCCGGAUUCCGAGAGCUCUUCGAAGAGGGUUCUCGAACCGUGCGACGGGACGGCCGGCUCGCCCAACCCGAGUGCAGUGGUGGACGAGGGUUGUUUGGUCGAGAAAAGGACCGAGGGUGAGGAGGUUGUGAACAGCCGGGAAUGUGGUGGCAGUGUCGCGGAGAACUCCGUCGUACCUGCGUCCGAAGCCAAGGCGGCAAAGUCCAUUUUUAAGAGCAGGAAAAUAUUUCAGAGCCCCAAAAAGCCCAAAGCCGUUUACAAGAUGCGGCACUGGCACAUGCCGGACGAGGAGGAAGAGCCAGUCGAGGAGGAGCAGCAGCCUCCGCAGAAGCAGACGCACGAGUUUGAAGAGGAGGAGGAUCUCUUCGAGGAGAGCAGCCUGACGAAGGAGGUUCGACCACCCAACCAGCCGUGGAAGGAGAGCGUGACGUCCGUCAAGUGUCCCCGCAAGGCUCGCCAGCUCUACACCGUGGUGCGAAACGUGAAGCAAGCUCACCAAUGCCACGAGUCCGGCGAGACGCAGGAGUUCAACGACGACAUAGAAUAUUUACUGGAAAGCGUGCAAUCCAGCAAUCCUGUAGCUGCACGCUGCCUAAGUGUGGUUGGCUUGGCUUCCAAAUGCAUGGUGCCAGCUUUCCGAAUGCACCUGAGGGCCCAUGGGAUAGCAUCGCAGUUCUUCAGUGCCUUAGCGGACGCUCCUUCUCACCCAAGCUUGUCUCUGUGCACCGCAACACUGUUCUUCGUCCUGAGUCAAGACCGUCUCACCAUGGACCUGGACGCGUCAACGUUAUCUUUGAUGCUGCAGCUGUUUGAGUCUGAUCCAAGAGGGGAGGGAUCGCGACAGGCACCGUUGGAUGCUAAGCAUCGUGACAAAGUGCACCAACUGUGCGUGCAGAUGCAGCUGAAAGGAAAUGCCAAACAUCUCAACCUCAACCACAUCAAUACUGGUACCCUCGCAUUGGAGACCCUACUGAGCCUGACGUCUAGGAAAGCGGGGGAAUGGUUCAAAGAGGAACUGAGGCUGCAAGGGGGCCUAGCACACAUCGUCAACACUGUCGGCGACUGCCUCCUGCACUUGGGCACGGCGGGAGAUGCGCCGACGGAGUUCCUGCUCGACAAGCUGAGGAAAGUGGACAGGUGUUCCCGGGUUCUGGAAAAUGUAACAUAUAUGAACGCAGAGAACCAAGCCUACCUUCUCAAGUACAAAAAUUCCCAGGUUGUGGAAUCCUACAUACGACUUCUAUCGCUGUGUUCGUCCAGCCUCUUGUUGCAUCCAGUGGAGUUGCCCGAGGGCAAAAUGCCGGAGAACCAGACGACGUCUGUGCUGCUGCAGAAUUUGCUCGGCCCCGGGGCAGCCUUCUUCUCCUGCUUGCUCUCUGUGUUGCGGGUCUUGCUCAAUAUUACGCACGAAAGCCCGGAAGGCAGCAGUCACGUCGGCAGUUCUCCGGGACUUUUGGGCUCCGUGCUGUUGUGCAUUCUGCAGGUACCGCGUGCGGUUCCCUCGGAGCUGCGUUUCGACCUCCUCGUACUGUCUCUCGGAUUGCUGAUUAACAUGGUGGAGCACUGCGAAGAAAAUCGGGCGCGGAUGGUUGACACCCACACAGUGGGAUGGUUUGAGUCUGUUUGUGAUGACAUGGAGAUGCCAGCGAUCAACGCCCUCAUGGAUCUGUUCACCGACAAAAUGGAAGCGGCGAACCAGACUGAAGAGCAGGCAGAUGAGGUGCUCAGCAGCCGGGAGCAGAAGGUCAAUGCCCUCCAGCAACAGCAGCAGGACAUGAGAGCAGGAGGCGACGCUGCUCAGGGAUUGGCAGCUGAAGCCGACGAUCUGGAAGAAACUAUAAUGAAAACUCUCCAGAAAGCGGGCAAGCACAUGGAGCACAGUAUCAUCUGCGCUUACAUUGCACUUCUCCUUGGGUGCAUCAUCCAAAACAACAAGGACUUUGCGGAGAGGCUCAGGGAAUACACCGUGGACGGUCGUUUCGUGCUGCUCGUCGAGUCGCUCAGAAGAUUCCACACCUUCAUAAACCUUUCGGGUGUUCUUGGCAACACUGCAACGAGGAGCAUCCAGAGAGUGAUCGAAGUGCUGGAGACGUCGUGAACUGUUUGAAAACGCAAGAAACUCUCCGCCUUCCCCGUCGGCACGUGCGACCGUGUGUAUGCCGCCCACGCGUUGGGAACUGACUCCGCCUGCGGAGCACUGUCCGCUGUCCCUGCGGACAAAGCGGCACUGGUUUUAGUUGUUUUUUUGUUUCGCGUUUCUUUUACACCGGACAUUCUUUCUGUGUUUUUGGGGAGAACUUUGAACACAUCAGUUGCGGAGUUUUAGUCGUCGUUACAGCUCUUUUUUUAGCCCUCGAUUCUUGCCCACCCAUUGUUGCCCACUUGUGUGAGGUCGGUAUGUACUACCACGGGACGUCACGGAGGAGGACCAAGCUGACGUCGGCGAGGUGUCCUGGAAACGGCCAUUGUGGACCUUCUAUGCAGGUUAUAACUGUGUUUACUGCAUGCUAUUGUUUGUUAGGCUUUUAUAGUUUGGAUAUCGCACUUCAAAUCACGGAACCUGGAGGGUUUGCUGAUAGCAGGAAGAAAGCAUAAUCUAUGCGCCAACAGGCUUCACGUACGAACCACCUUAUUGUGGCAAACCUUUUCUGUUCGGAUACAGCCAGAUUUGAUGAGCUUGAAAUGCCCUACUGUUGGAAAGGUUCUGGUAACCGAUGCUUUCAGGGAUUGUAAGUAUUCCACGAUCUCUAUAGGUAAAGUAACAUGUUGAAAGAUGCAGUUAAGCUGGGAUGACCACAUGUGAAGUGAAAAGUUUUGCCAGUAGUGCAAGGUUUGGGGAGGUGUUGGUAUCUGGAAAGACACCAUUGAUUUUUGCAGCAACAUGUUCAGGCAAGCGUUUUUUUCCCACUGCAAACUUUAAACACACAUGGAGAUUGGUCGUGUCGCAGGGCUGUUUGGCAAGGCAUCCAGACUGGACUUACAUAAAAAGUUACUACAUAAUACUUGCACACACUUAUCCCAGCAUUCUUUCCACUGACAAAUAUUGUCUUUUUGAAACUUUAUCUUUGAGGUCUUUGGAAAUGAAAGUUGGCCACGUCACAUUCACUUGAAUGUCUGGAACGUCCUGAUAUAUUAUUUCCCUUCCAACUGCAUUUUGAUUUUUCUCGAAGGUGUCUUUUUCCUCUUUGUAAAAAUCAAAAUGCAGUUUGGUGACGAAAAUUUUGGGAUAUUCCGGAGAUUUAACCAGAUGUAAUGACAAGGUCCAAACAGUGUUUCAGUUUGCUUGAAAUAUAAGUAUUCUGCUCUUUGUAAUGUAAAUCCAGUUUGGAGGCUGCCAAACAAGCCCUGUGUUCUUUUCAUUACGCCCUGCUGCUGGUCUUUUGCUGGAUUGGUUUUGACAUUGUGUUGUCAAAAUAUGGUACUCUACCCAGGGGCAUGCAUUCUGCACAUAGAACACAAAACUGGGGUGGUCAGCUUUUCCUCCGUGCGUGGAGGCCUUGUUUCAUCUUGUAGGAUUCAAUCUUCAUUGACAUUCAGAAGCGGUUUUCUUUGCACACUAGGUGGCAUGCACACGAGGUGCACACAUGUACAUAUUAGGAGGGGGACUGGAGGGGGGGCCAUGCGAGGAUGUACAGGCUCAUACUUCCAUCAUUUUCAUACACAAUGAAGUCACUCGCCUUUUAUUUAUUGAUUUUUUUUUUCUCCCGUAAAUACAUGGUCGAGGAUGUGUUGUACUCCAGUAUUUAUCUCCCGGGUGGGAUUAAUUUUGAGAAAGAAAUAUAAAUUUUAAUAAAACCGAGUUUGUGCAUAUUGUGGAGGCACGAAGGA